CAUUUUGUCAAACUGUUUCUGUUCACUUCAAAUUUAAUUUGGUCACCAACCCUCUGAAUCUAGUGAAUAUCUGAAGUGUGGAAACAUUUAACAACAAUCUCAACAACCUCUACUAAGCCUGGGGGUAGAAUUCAUUCUGAUCCUGGAACUUAUUCUUCACUUUUUAAGAGAUCAUGCCAGGCCAACCUGGUAAUAUGGAAAGGCUACUGGCAUUAGCAUUGGGGGCUAUACAUCUCCUGAACUGUUUUUGUCCUUGUUUGUCUUUCAUGGUAUUGGACAAAACGUUUCAUCCAGCCUCUGACAUAUUUGGAAAGAUCCAGAGCCCCAACUAUCCUAAACCUUACCCUCAUACCAACUACACCGAGUGGAACCUGCAAGUUCCCAAGGGUUACCGUCUACAGUUGGUAUUCAAGCACUUUGAUUUGGAGCCAUCACACAAAUGCAGCUAUGACUAUGUGAAGGUCAUGCAUCAUCGAAAGAUACUGGGACUUUUCUGUGGCCAGGAAACUUCCGAGACUGGUAUGCACCCAGGAAAGAAGCCCAUCUUGUCUCCUGACAACACACUAAAAGUUGUUUUUAAUUCAGACCUUUCUCAUGAGGAGCAGUAUCUGGGCUUUGUGGCACAUUAUCAGGCCUUGGAUAUUGAUGAAUGUGCUGAGCCAACAGAUGAGGAUGAAGAAAGUUUAUGUUCUCACAUUUGCCACAAUGUGAUUGGCAGCUACUUCUGCUCCUGUCGUCCUGGGUAUACUCUACAGCAGGAUGGUCGAACAUGUAAACUGAUGUGCAAUGGAGAAAUAUAUUCAGAGCUUAAAGGUGUGUUGACAUCUCCUGGAUACCCAAAGCCCUAUCCACCGGGAGUAUCAUGCAACUACAGCAUUCAGCUGGAGAAAGGGUUCCUUGUAACUCUUACAUUUGUGGAUGUCUUUGACAUAGAGACAUACUUGGAUGGAGGGUGUCAUUAUGACUCCCUGCAGAUUCUCAUCCCAGGUAACAAUACCCAAACACUUUGUGGAAAAGUCCCUCCAAAGAACAUAGAAACUGGAAGUAACCGGUUGGAUAUCCUAUUCCAAACUGAUGACUCAGGACACAGCAAAGGGUGGAAAAUAGAGUAUUUCUCUGACCGUAUUGUAUGUCCUAUACCAGAGAAAUUUUUAAAUGGCAGAAUAACUCCAGUCUUUGAAAAAUACCGGUAUAGAGACUACAUCCGAGUAAAAUGUGACACCGGAUAUAAAUUGAUUGAGAAUGGCAAAGAGAUUACUAGCUUCCUCUCCACUUGUAUGAAUGAUGGCAAAUGGCAUCGUCCUCUUCCUCAGUGCCUGAUCAUAGAUUGUGGUAAACCUCUUCCACUUUUAAAUGGCAACGUGGAGUUCCUGAAGGGCAAUGAGAUCGACAACUUCUAUCAGUCAGUGAUCAAAUACCACUGUAAUGAACCUUUCUAUAAGAUGCUGGGAACUGGAGAUUGGAUCUUCUCUUGUUCUGCACAAAGAAAAUGGGAAGAUGAAUUCCACAAUUAUAAUAUUCCUGAUUGUCUACCAGUAUGUGGAAAACCUCAGAAACAUAUUGCAGAACAUCAGAAAAUUCUGGGAGGUAGAUUUGCCCCAAAGGGUACUUUUCCAUGGCAGGUAUUUUUGAUUUUAAAAGGACGAGGUGGGGCAGCACUAAUCAGUGAUCAAUGGAUUAUGACAGCAGCUCACAACAUCUUCUCUAAAGGGUCUUCACAAAGCAGAUUGAGUCUAACUGAGGUUGCCAAGGAACUUGAAGUGCACUUAGGAGACACAAAUGUGGACAGAUUACUGAAGAUACCCAAACAGGAGGUGGAGGCUGUGUUUGUGCAUCCUAACUUCAGUGAAAGUGAUACAGACUUCAAUAAUGACAUUGCCCUCAUCAAACUGAGCUCCAGAGUUACUCUGAAUGAGACCAUAAUGCCUAUCUGUCUCCCAGAAGCAGGAUCCCUCUAUGAGAAAGAUGUGGUAGGCUAUGUGUCUGGCUGGGGCAUGACUGAGAAUCGUCGACUUUCUAGUGACCUGAAAUAUGUGGCUCUCCCUAUAGUUGACCACUCUACAUGCCAAAACUCAGUUGAAACCAUAAAGACUAGUAGGAAGGAUCCAACCCCAGAUGUGACUGACAACAUGUUUUGUGCUGGCAGAGUGGAGGGUGGAGAUGACACAUGCUCUGGAGACAGUGGAGGAGUCUUUGCCUUAAUCAGUGAAUCUGACCAUGAAUGGUUUGCUGCUGGAAUUGUGUCCUGGGGAAUUGAUUGUGGUAAAAAACACAGCUAUGGGGUAUACACCAAAGUGUCCAAUUACUUGGACUGGAUUAAACAGACCAUGUCAGACAAUUAGAUAAUAGAUGCUUCGUAUUAUAUCUUGCUUUGUUCUUCCACUUUAGUUAUUCCAGCCUCCCUGCAGACUUUUGCAAUUUGUAUGGUUUUGGUAGUUCUUGCUUUAUUGAGUGUCUUCUUCUGCGUUUUGAUUUUAAUGUGUUUCUAAACAUAAAUCCAUUAAACAGUGAAAAUUGAAUGAAUCUUGACAGAAUGGAAACGCAUCUACAGUACAUUUCAUUCAAAGUACUUUCCAAUUCACUUGGAGUAUAAAAACAAACUUUAAAACACCUGUUCAAUGAUGCACAAAUGUCUGUAUUUGAAUAUAUCUGUCAAACUUUGAUCAGUUCUGAUCAGAAUUAAAAGGGCAUGAGCCUUUUCCAGUAAAACAAGAACAUGCUGUCUGAACAGAUAAACAGUGCAUUCAUAUGCAGCCAUUUUAACAUUGUCCAGUCAACUGUACUGUACAGUUAGCAGAGGAGAUAAGUGGCUCAUUUUACCUGAAGGCUUCCCAGUGUACAGUUAAAAUCUUAUUUUAUAUAGUAUCUUUCAUAAUUUGCAUAAUCACAGAGGACUUACAUUCAUCCAUCUAUUUACUAAGUUCAGUUAUUUCAAUUCAUUGUGUCCUGGUAGUAUCAGCCAUUGGGGAGGAACUGACACUGGACAGUGUCCACAGACCACAGGGUACACUAAUGUAUACACCCACACAUUCAUUUAAUACGGAGUCACCAACAAAACAUAACACACUUCAGAAUGCUAAAGAUUGCCUGAUGGGAAAAACGCAUGUGGACAUGGAGGGAACAUGCAAAUUCCAUUCAGACAGUGAUAAUGAUGGGUAACACACAGCUAUGAUGACCCUUAGUAAUCAAAACAGCCAUAAUAAUAA